AUGUCAAGCAUGCGAGUUUUCGAACUUGUCAAUGCCAUACACCAUAGAUUGUCCAACAACGCUAAUGGGUUUGGAGGUAUGCAGGUCCUGUUGGUUGGCGAUUUUUGGCAACUUAAACAUGUGGGAAGCCUGCUAGAUCCUGGAAAAUCUAUCUAUGAUUCCGAGCUUUUUGAUGCCGUAUUCCCUCACAAAAUAGAGCUUCAAACUAUCCUGAGGCAGCAAGCAUCGGAAGUUGAGUUACGAAAGGCCCUUGACCAGUUGCGCGAAGGAAAUUGUAACGAAGAAACGGCGACAUACUGGAAGAGUUUGAGCAGAAACCUAGAUAACAAUGAUGCUGCGGAACAUCCGUUACAUAUUUAUUUUAGAAAGUUGCCAGCCGAAAUGCAUAACCUCGAUGUUCUGUCAACAUUUCCUGGAACGCUUUUGACAUUUGAAAGCAGAGAUAGUGGCCAUUCCCAGUUAUUGGACUGUCCGUCGCAGAAAACUUUGACCCUCAAGCCAGGAUGCAAAAUAAUGCUUCUCUAUAACAUCAAUAAAUAUCUGAAAAAUGGUUACCAGGGAACUUUUCUUAGCGUAGAUGCUGAAAAUGACGAACAACUACUUGUCACGUUUCCAAAUGUAGGAACAGUGAAAGUCGGGCGCAAGACGUGGUACAAGUAUGACACUCGAGGUUGUGUAUUGGCUACUCGAACACAGUUUCCCAUCACGCCUUGUUAUGCUAUGACCGUGCACAAAGCGCAGGGACUAACGUUGAAUAGAGUUAUUGUCCACUGUUCUCAAGAGUUUGUCCCCAAUCAAACCUACGUUGCAUUGUCACGGGUGAGAAACGAAGCAGGUCUUCAAGUAAUUAAUUUCCAGCCACGAUUCCUACUCCCUUUGCCAGAAAAACUAAAGACUGGGAACAUUACAAAUGACAGUUGUGACAAGCUCUUUGAAGGCCAAGUCGAUGGAUUUCAAUGUUGCAGAAGCAAGACAUUAGAGGAUGGCAUGCUAAAUGCCGUUCAAGAAACUCAUUUCUCACAUCCAGACGUUAGUAAUGAAUGGACGGACGAAAAUGAUGGCGAAGUGAUGGCAAAGCAGUUGUUCGAGUCAAAUACUGGGGCUAAAGUCAAUCUCGAGAACGUACUAUUAUUCAUGAUGUGUGAUUUCCAGCAAAGUUUAAAUAUGCUGCCGAAGCGUUUCUCAGUAAAGGACUUUCUAGAAAGUAUCAUAAAUGAUGAGCAUGGUGAUUCAUACACUUCGUUUAUUAAAUCUGCAGCAAAUUACGCCCUUGCUCAUUUAGAAGUAUUUCACUUGCUGGCGCAUAUCAUUUGGUGCAGGGUCUUUGCAUUAUUUGAAGCAUAUUUGUCGGAAAACGGAGACAAGGUUCAUAUGACCAACACCAACUUCACCUACGCGACGGCUAAAUUGCACCAGCUUUUUCUUUCGAAUGAAUAUCGAAGUGAUGUUAUAAGUGCCUUUUCGGAAAGUUCGUGGUCAGAAUUAAACGAUGGGCAAAGGACACUGGGCGCGCAGUUGGCUUUCCACCUCUUUCAAUUAUUCGCCAAUGAGCUGAGCAGCUUGGUACGCAAGAAAGAAGCUGGUCCGAUUCCAUUUAAUGUAAGCGAUAUGGGUCCUGAUGGAAGAGGGAAGAUACGAUAUAUCGGUGGUUGGGCUGUACGAAAAGCACUCCAAAAAUUUCGAAGGUAUGUAUUUUCAAUGUUAAAUGCCCUUUUUCGACGGGUAAUUUCUAAGGCCCCGUUUACAUGAGACUGGGGACGAGGAUGUUUACUAAAUGUUUACAUGAGACUGGUACGAAAAUCGCAAAAGUUUCAAUUGAGACCGGUCUGAGUUAUUUUCGUCCCGGUCUCAUGCAUGUAAACAUCUAUUAUAAAUAAUACUAUGAACGAAACGAAAUGGUCCCGUCUCAUGUAAAUGGGGCCUAAUUUAUCACCAAUUUGUUGAAAUAUCGUGUGUAUUUAUCAUCUCACCUGAAAUCUACUAUAUUUUUUCAGGUACCUCCUUGAAAACAAAGUAUCGCAAACACCGCAUGUGAGAAGAAAGCUAAAGGAAGAACUUGAAAAGAUUGAAUUGCUUCAAGAAAAUAUCAUUGUUCCUUACGAAACCUUGCAAAACACCUCUUCCAGCUUGGAGUCCACAUCCAUCACAGAAUCGUUACAAUAUCGGGAAAGGGGUCUGCUUCACAUCAGUGAUGAAACUUACAAAUUUUUUCUAUCUCUGGAACAAGCUAGAGUAGAAAAAAUUAAUUUGGAAAAGUUACGUUCCUGCCAAACUGAUAUGGUGAACAACGCAUUGAAAGAAGUCUGGGAAGAUAAAGAUCUUCAAGAGAAGUUUGAUCAAUUGUUUAAUGUUGCAGGAAAUUCUGUAAGUUUGGAGAUAUAUACAGGUUAUAGUCAUGCGUGCAGUAUAAUUCAAAAUAAAUAUUCGGCGCACAACGGAAUACAGGUUAUUAGAUAUUGUUUUGCUUACAAACUUUAAUUUGCAAAAAAUUCUUAUCUUACAGAUUUUAAUUAAAGAAAUCUACAAGGAAGUUACUACACGCUACUUCAGAAUGGGUGCAGGCCAGUUUCUGCGAGAUUUUCGCAGGGACUAUCACGUCAAAAAGUCGCUAGCACAUAGGAAAGCCUUGAUGGUAAGAAAAGAAAAGAUGCGAAAGCGGCAGAUGAAAGUGAACUUAGCGAACAUAAGCCAGGAUAAGAGCCCAGGGAAGAAAGUUUCGCACACCAAAUUGGUAGCACUUGUAGAUGAGCUGAAUGUGCAAGGAUUGGUUUCCCUUUACAAGAAAAAAGAGUUGCAAUUUUUAUGCAACGCAUAUGCUUGUAGAUUCUUAUCCAAGUGGAAUAAGAAAGAAUUGGCUUCUUCGCUGUUCGAAGCAAUCCAUAAGCAUAACUAUAUACCUUGCCACCAGGAAACCUCUAACUAUUCUGUCCAUGUCGUUGGCGAUGUGGAAGACGCAAACCGAGUACCUGUGUUACGGUUACUUCGACUUUAA